AUGAAGAUCCUCAAGGCAACGAUGACUCUCUUGUUCGCCUUCACAGCAGCCAGCCCAGAAACCCCACAGCCGAACGAACUCACCUUGGAACCAAACUACACAUCCCCGCUCGGCGUGCAGUACAUCAACCCCUCAACAAGCUACGACGUCACGGGACCAUUCAGCCUGCUCUCGAUCGCGGGCUCGACGCUCUACGUCGCCGGCGUUCGCGGGAUCCAUCCGUCGAACAACUCCCUCGCCGAGGUCGGAUAUCCCAGGAUACGUCUGGCGUACGAGAACAUGGCUGCCCUGGCGCGCUCGGCUGGGAGUGACUUGACGUCGUGCGUUCGGCUGGUUGUUUAUGUGUCGGAUAUGUAUCGCUAUCGGCCCAUUGUCAACCGCGUUCAGCAGGAGUUGUGGGGUGAGAUGAAUUCGACGGGGGAGGUUAUGUUUCCGCCGAGCACGAUUGUUGAGAUGCAGAGGUUGAAUGAUGAUGAUAUUGUGGAGGUUGAGGGGACUUUCUGGCUCGGUUGA